AAUAUGGCGGCGCUGUUGACAACAGUAACAGAGCAGUGGAUACGAGAGAAGCUACAUCUAAAUCACCAUUGCCUUGGUAGCUAUCUAGUGAAAGAUGGACAACGUUACCAUGGGUCUACAACUACCCAACUACUCUACUCUGAUUGCUGGCUACUAACAUUCAUGACCACUUUACAGCAGAUGUGAGAUCACUGAGCAUCCCAGGAUCAUACAAGGAGAAAAUCAGACAUCUGGGAAUCUCACUAAAGAACUUUGUCCGUUUGAAAACCCUCAACCUCUCCUGUAAUGCACUAAUCUCUGUCGAGGCUACCAGAGUGAGGACAGACAUUUUUCAGAAUAAACGUGGGGGUCCAACACUUGAAGAGGCUGGAGAGGCUGAACUUGUACUACAACAGCAUUCCCUCCCUUCAGGAGGUCAAAGUGCUCUGGCAGCUGACUGCUCUGAGAGAGCUGGACCUGAGGCUCAACCCUCUGGCUAAAACAGAUCCACACUACCGCCUGUACUUUGUGCACGCACUGUCCAACCUUCGCAGACUUGAUGACUGUCCAGUCAGGGACAGUGAGAGAAGAGCUUCAAUCAUGCAUUUCUCCUCAGACUAUGUGCUCAGACCCCAACAGACGAGCUCCUCGGAGACAGACAUCACUGACCAGAGGAGCAGUAAGCUGAGGAUGGCCUCAGUAAAUCGCCUGGCCAAGAAGCUCUCUGUCCUGGAUGACAACGCUGACAUAGUGUUGAACCUUGUCGCUAAGAGCAACUGGGACCAAAGUGAACCUCUGUUCCUGACUGGCUCUUCCCACAAGGAGCCAGAGUCCCAGCUCUAUCAUCAGAUCAGAGAGGAGUCUUGUCAUUCCCAGUCCAAUGGUCAACGUUUAAGAGAAGGAUCUCGAAGGAAAGGUUCUUCCUCCUCGUUGAAAACGUCAGAGGGGCCGAGGGUAACCUUUAACCCCCGCGUAGAGAAACACAGCGGGACUAGCUCUGGACGGGAGGAGCGAGAGAAACUCCCCAAACACCUGCGAGUCACAGCCAAGGGCCACUUCACCCCUCACCCUGAUAAAGUUGACCAGCAGAAGUCUUCCUUAGUGAAGAUCCGCCCCCCCAGUCCAGGAAGUCCCUGUCCCAGUAGGUCUGAUGCCACCAACCCCAUCCUGCACCCUCCCAGACUGUCCUACCAUAACACCCAGCAGACAGCAGGGGGCUCCACCUCACCACAGAAACAUGCCAAGCAACAGAAGGGAAGCUAUAGGAAACCAAUGGAGAUGCUGCUGAGCCUAGUGGACAAGCACUGGACAGGGGAGAGGCCUCUGCACCAUGACAACAACUUCCUCUCUCAGGCAGUCCAGAUCCUGUCCAUGAUGGAACGAGACGUCUCCGGUGGAGAAGCCGAGGUCAGGACGUUGAGAGGGAACGUUGAAGAGCUGAAGGAGCAGGCAGAGAUACGAGACCAAGACCACAGGACAGAGAUACAUAGACUAACUACACAGCUGGAGGAAGCACACAUGUCUGUUGACAGUUUGAAUGAGCAGCUGAGGAUACUAUUGGAGGAUAACGUCUCUCUACAGAAGCAGAUGAUCAGAUUAGAAAAACAAUAUCUCAACUCUAUGAUGAAAAGUUCACCCAACAUUGAGAUAUGUGAGAAACAGGCAGAGGUGGAUGAGCUGAGGAAGAAGGUAUCAGAGCUGAGGGAGCAGGUUGAGGAGGGGGAGAGAGUCAAGGAGCUGGCAGGUAUGCUGCAGGAGAACCAUAGGUCACUGGUUGCAACUAAUGAGCAUUUGCUGAGUGAAUUGGAGGGGACUGGGAGACGGCUCUGAGUAGGAGAGGGAGGGGCAGCUACACGUCACAACUACAACAACUAGAGAGAACUGGAGGAGACUAGGAGACAGCUCUGAGGAGCUACACGUCACAACUACAACAACUAGAGAGAACUGGAGGAGACUAGGAGACGGCUCUGAGGAGCUACACGUCACAACUACAACAACUAGAGAGAACUGGAGGAGACUAGGAGACAGCUCUGAGGAGCUACACGUCAAAACUACAACAACUAGAGAGAACUGGAGGAGACUAGGAGACAGCUCUGAGGAGCUACACGUCAAAACUACAACAACUAGAGAGAACUGGAGGAGACUAGGAGACAGCUCUGAGGAGCUACACGUCACAACUACAACAACUAGAGAGAACUGGAGGAGACUAGGAGACAGCUCUGAGGAGCUACACGUCACAACUACAACAACUAGCAGGCCCACAACUACAACACCAGGGACACACUCCGUAGGUAAACGUUAUGGAACAUUGCAGAUAGAAAUGUCAUGAAUAGAGCCAAUUCCUUACUCUACAUGAUGUCAGAGAGGAAUGUUUGUUCUACAUUUCUAUCUGAACGUUCCAGAACGUUGUCCUGCUGAACGAGCACCAGCACCUUCUCUUAUUUUAGCUCUAUAUACACUGCUGCCAACAUUUACACUGUUCUUCUGAUGCUCCGGGAUUAAUGUUGAGCAUGUAAACUUGUCUCUAACUCUGAUCUCAUUUUUUACUUCUGUGUAUCGUCAUGGUUUUACUGUGUCCACUAUCCACACCUUUACACUGUUCCUUACUGACUGUAUCCACACCUUUACAAUGUUCCUUACUGACUGUAUCCACACCUUUACACUGUUCCUUACUGACUGUAUCCACACCUUUACACUGUUCCUUACUGACUGUAUCCACACCUUUGCGCUGUUCCUUACUGACUGUAUCCACACCUUUGCGCUGUUCCUUACUGACUGUAUCCACACCUUUACGCUGUUCCUUACUGACUGUAUCCACACCUUUACACUGUUCCUUACUGACUGUAUCCACACCUUUGCGCUGUUCCUUACUGACUGUAUCCACACCUUUGCGCUGUUCCUUACUGACUGUAUCCACACCUUUACGCUGUUCCUUACUGACUGUAUCCACACCUUUACGCUGUUCCUUACUGACUGUAUCCACACCUUUACACUGCACAUUGAAUCUUAAUAUUUAUGACUCUAGACAUAUAAAGUAUUUAUUGUGUUCA